AUGGCAUUAAAAACUUUUACUAGAGAAGAGGUAAAGCGUCAUGCUUCUGAAGAUGAUUUGUGGAUUAUUAUAGACUCAUCAGUGUAUGAUAUGAGUCGUUUUGUUGAUAUGCAUCCUGGUGGUGCAUUUCCCAUCUUGGAAUAUGCAGGAAAAGAUGCAACUGACGCAUUUUAUGGACUUCAUCGCCAAGAAGUACUUGUCAAGUACGAUCGUUACAAGAUCGGUACUAUCGCUGACGAAAAGCCUCAAAUCGACUUUCAGGAAUUUGGAGCAUUUUCUAAAGUCCCAUAUGCUGAACCAAGUGCUUGGAUGGGCUUCAAAUCACCUUAUUUCAAAGAGUCACAUUUUAAGCUUCGUGCUGCUCUUCGUAAGAUCAUUGAUGAAAUGGCACCAGAGGCCCGUGAACUUGAAGAAAGCGGUUCCAAGCCCCCUGAAGAGUUCUUGAAGAAGCUUGGCGACCACAACUUGUUAGCUGCUAAUAUUGGCCCUGGACCAUGGCUUCACGGCAUGAUUUUCCCUGGCGGAGUUAAGGGAGAAGAGUUUGAUUAUUUUCAUGAGAUGGUUGUUCAUGAGGAAUUUGCUCGUUGGAAAGUACGUGGAUUUGACGACGGUGUCUGCGGUGGCAUGGUUAUCUCAUUACCUACCGUCCUUAACUUUGGCUCUCCAGCCCUUAAGCAAAAGAUUGUUCCAGAAGUUUUUGCUGGCAGAAAGCGUAUUGCUCUUGCUAUUACUGAACCUUACGCAGGUUCUGAUGUAGCUCGUAUUAGAACAACGGCUAAGCGCACGCCUGAUGGCAAAUAUUUCAUUGUUAAUGGUGUCAAGAAGUGGAUCACUAGCGGUUGUUUUGCUGAUUAUUUUUCUGUCGCUGUUCAAACCGAGAAAGGCAUGUCCAUGCUUCUCAUCGAACGCGGUGAAGGUGUUGAAACUAAGCCGAUAAAGACGUCUUAUUCUCCAAGUGCAGGUACCGCCUAUGUAACCUUUGAAAAUGUCAAAGUACCCGUCGAGAACUUGCUUGGAAAGGAGAAUAAGGGAUUUUAUGUUGUCCUUUCCAACUUUAACCAUGAGCGCUGGGUCAUGUUGACCGGUAUAUCCAUGGCUUGUCGUCUAGUGGUUGAAGAAUGCUUCAAAUGGGCUAAUCAACGUAAGGUAUUUGGCAAACGAUUGAUUGAUCAGCCUGUCAUUCGUUUCAAGUUGGCCAAGAUGAUCUCUCGACUCGAAAGCUACCAUAGCUGGUUAGAAAAUAUCACGUAUCAAAUGAACAAUAUGGACUAUGCCGAACAAGCUGACAAAUUGGCAGGCCCUCUUGCUCUGUGUAAAUAUUUAUCUACACGUGUAGCUCAUGAGAUCUCUGACGAAGCUUGUCAAAUCUUUGGUGGCCGUGCAAUUACCAAGACAGGCAUGGGAAGAACCGUUGAGCUUUUGCAAAGAACUUACAAGUUCUCUGCUAUUCUCGGUGGAAGUGAAGAAAUCAUGGCUGACCUUGGCGUCAGACAAGCCUUGAAAAAAUACCCAGAAGGAGCCAGACUCUAA